CUGCGUGAUGUAGGAGUUCUGCAGCAACCUUCUAUAAGUUAGCAGAUGGACCCUUCAAGGAAUCCGCUGGACCCAGACUUUUCACAACAGGAUACACCUUGCCUUAUAGUGGAGGAUUCUCAACCUGAAAGUGGGGUGGCAGAAGAUGAUUUGGACCGUGCACGUUUUGGAUUGCUAGCACACCAUCUGCCAGAUCUGCAAGCUCCAGUUGAAAGUCCAGUUUUGGAGUUUGUACCAGGCUGUCAGAGCAUUAAACAUGCUGCUGCAGAUAAAGAAGGUCUCAACAUCUGUGAGAGCCUGAAUGAAAACAAUCUAGAAACAUCUCGCAUGCCAGACACUGAUGAUGCUCUGAGCCAAGUAAUUGAACGGGUUACUUGCCCCAGCAACAUAAAAAGUCGGUUAGAGUGUGACCAUGACCAUGACCAAGAACGAGAUGCAGAAUGCACUACACAAUCACUUCAGCCUGAAGACUCUGGCACAUCCCAGUUGGGAUUUGGUGCCUUGGAGCUAUCUCAAAGCCAGGAUUUGGAAGGACAUAGCUCAUAUAAUAAGGAUGCCUCAAGAUUGCAAUUACAGAUCACACACCCGACAACUGAAUGUAAUCAAGAAGAUUGCUGUGACAGUGGUGAAGUAUUAAAAGAUACACCUGCAAAGAAUACUUUUGAGAAAGACCCUGAAAGAAAGCAGGAGAAAGUAGUGGAAGAUAAAACAUCAUCAGAUUCCUCUGGAGAAAAAAUAUGCCUUGCUGCAAAUGUGGAUAUAGACAUGGAUCUCCAGAAAGGAUCUCCUGUCAAACAUGAUGAUGAAUACAAAGAAAGAUCAGGUUGCCUGCAAACCAAGGAGCAAGACAUGGAGGGUUCUGACAUUCCCUCCACUCAAGAAGAUCUGUUUGGUCAAGAAGAUGUUACAGAUUCACAGACCCAUCCUCUUACAUACAAGGUGGUUUCUACACCUGCAGACAGUUUGCGCCUACUCCAUCUUUCUGGGCAGGCCAGUCUUCUACCAGGGAAUGCCUCCAAAAUUUUUUCAGAUCUGGUUUCUCCUUCCCAAGAUGCUGUCCAGCCUACCCCUAUUAUAAUACCCAGCUCCCCCACAGAGCAGGAGGCGGAAAACGCGGAGGUAAUCGAAAAAACUACCCCAAAAUAUGACCUGAAAAGAAAGUUGCAAGAAGAACCUAAUGAACCUAAGGAUUCUUCUUUCCUGACAGUGCCUCAAGUCUCUACACCAUUGUGCCAAAGUGUCCCUGCAUUUGUGCCAAGUUCCUUUGUUGUACCUUCUCAGCCAGACCUUUCUCAUGAUAAUUUUAUGGCAACCCCAAGUCUUGAAACAAAUCUAUCCAGAGACAAAACUAAAACCCCAGUGUUCCCAGAUGAUGAAAAACCAAAGGAACCAGAAUUGAUACAGGAAGUCACCGAGCUGGACUCAAUGAUUUCCCAGUCAAUGACAGGAGAUUUGAGCAACCUGGAGUUGUCCACUAGUGAACCUAGUGAAGUCACCGAUACAGACUAUAAAAAAGAUGCAGAAGAUGAAAAUAGAGCCACACAGAUUGAAGAAGAUGUGGGUCAUGGGUGCCAGCUCCUCAAAAAUGCAAAAGAGUCAGUAGCAGUUAUAAACAUUGAUCUAAAGAAAGAAAAUACCACAGUUUCUAAGAUGUCCAUGGCUGCGGUCAUGGAAGAAACAUCCAUUAGUAUUAAAGAAAGCACAACUGUUUCCUCUGCAACUGUUGAGACAAAAAUGGGAAAUAACAGGCCUGAAUGUAUUGAUCUUACAUAUGAUUCUGCAAGCCAGGUUGUUCUCAUUCCAUCCUUAAAUUCUGAUUCAUCGCUGAGUAUUUUAGAUCAAAAUGUAAUGGAAGCAAAACUAAAUUUAACGGCUGAAAGUCAACCUGAUGCAUCCAUAGAAGAGGUCCCUGAAACUCCCUGUGAUAACAGAGUGGCAGAAGAUCAGACAAUGGAAGAGGGGACUAACUUGAAUCUUGCUCUGUCGGAGACACAAACUCAACAUUUAAAUGUUUUAGAUGUAGAACAGUCUGAGCCUGAGGAAGAGCCAAUGGAAGUGGAGUCAUGUGCAGGAUCUUCUGAGGUCAGUAGCCGCAAAACUAUGAAUGUAAGUCAUCCUGUGCCCAUAUUAUUCAAUAUCGCUCAACAAUCUGGCAAAUCUGAAUGUAACACAGAUAAUAUAGAUAAACAGAUAGAGACUGAUCAUUCUAAAGUUGCUUUGGAGAAGGCAAAGAGACAAGAAGACCAAACUGUAUUAGGGGAGCACUUUGAUAAGAAGCGUAACACUGAAGACCUCAAAUCUGACUACAGCAAGCCAGUUAUACUUUUUGCACCACUGCUCUCUGCUUCAUUAGAUGAAGGAAAUGUACCUCUGGCCCCAAAGAAAAUCCAUAUUUCCAUUGGAGAAAAGGAAGAUGCAGUGCACUUUAUAUCAAAUGUUUGCCAGUCUGUGGCACAGGAGCAGCAGGUUGCAGUAGUAGGGAACAAUCCAGAUAUAAAUUUGGUGCAGAACAACAGCAAAAUCCUUCCAGUGCCACUUGAAAAUAAUAAAUGUACUCAUUCAGGAAUGCAAAAGGAAAAAGUAGUCCCUAUUACACUUGAGGGCAAGACAGAUUUUGCGGUGUUCCCUGUGGAAAAUAAACUGAAACAGAUGCCUCAAGAUAAAUGCAAUGAAUGUUUUAAGGUACAGUUAGGGGAUGGAUCACAAGCUCUGCCAUCAUUAGAAGUUACAGAAUGUAGUGCACAAAUGAAAGAAAAUAUCAUUGUGUCAGAUGACUUACAGUUAAAUAAGCAGCAAAAUGUUGAAGUGGUAGAAGAAUCAGAAAAUGUGUCCGGUAUUAUUGAUGAUACCCAGCAGCAGCCGCCAACUCUUAAAGUGCUUGCUAAUGAUAUGCGUCCUUUGGAAGAAAGAAAACAGGAGUGCAUAGAGAAAACUAUAUCUGUAGCUAAAUGGUCUGAUCAUAUUGAGAGCCCAGUACUUGAAGGAAACAAAAACGAAGAACUAGGCAUUUUGCAGAAAUGUGAACCACAAAUUAGAGAAGAGAUAAAUUACCCACAGCCAAGCCAUGGUGAAAACUUUGACACUACAACACACAAAUCAGAAAAACUACUAUCUCAACAGAUAGCAGAUGAUGUUCCUCAACUUAUUCAGACAUCGACCCGAGAAGUCAAUAUUUCAGUGGAUAACAGUGCGGAAGAGGCACGUGAAGCAGAUUCAACAUUGCAGGAAAAGACUGUGGAACAAUCUACUCAUAGCCUGUGUGACAGCUCCAGUGAAACACCGUUUCAUUUUACAUUGCCAAAGGAAGGAGACCUGAUUCAGCCCAUAAGUACUGUAACCCCUCCUAUGGUUGCUCAGCUAAAACGUGGUCCCCGGAGACAUAGCACUCCUAUAGUAGUUGGAGGCUGUCCUGAUAGUACCCUGGCAACCAGUGAUGUCACUGCCGAAAGCACCAGCGAUAUAACUGUAGAGAGUGCAAUGGUAACAACAGAUGUGUCUGAAGCGAGUGAAAGAGCAAAUUCUGAAUCUGCUUCCAAUGUCAACGAGAAACUCUGUCUAAGAAUGAAACUGAUCACUCCUGUUAAUGAGGAGAGUGAAGGGGCGCCACAGUUUAACUUGGAAAAACCAGAUGCAGCCAAGAGGCCAAAAGAGGCAGCUGACGUUGCUGUGAAUGUUGCCAGUGUUCCAGAAUCAACCUCUGUAUUUGAGCGUGUAUGUGAGGCCCAUGAGGAAGAAGUUUGUCCUACUACAAGUCUGAGGGAAAAAUCAUUCCAAAAUAAAGAAGUGGAUGAGAUGUCAGCGGGUGUUAAUACAGUUUUACAAAAUGUUAAAGAUACUGGGGAGCAUGAUACAAAUUCACAAACAACACAAAAUUUACCAGAGGAACCCAUUCAAGAGCAUUCCAGUAGCCUUGAGGAUGAUGAUAUGGAGGUAGAACCUUCCCAAGAAGAAAACAUAUUUUGUGUACAGCCUGACCGUGGGAAGAAGAGUGAACUGAAGCCAACUGAUACAGCCUCAACUCAGAAUAAAUAUGGGGAUGAGAAUAUGACUUCUAGUCAUAGACACAAAGAAGUACAAACAGCCAGUGUACUGGAACCUAGGAUGUUGGUGGUAUCCUCUGCUACACAGACUGAUGUGGAAACUGGGCAAAGGACAGUUACUAGUAACGGGCAAAAGAACGUAAAGCAGGAUUCUUCUAAGGCAACAGAGAAGGACCAAGAAAAAUCUGAAAAUGUAACAAAAUCGAUGCAAGGAGAUGACACAGAUUCCGUACAUAGUCAGGGAGAGGAGGACUUUAAUUUACAGCACCCUCCACUGGGACGUCAACUCCACCGCCAUGUACGCACGAUCCGUGAAGUUCGUACCGUGGUUACACGAGUGAUCACUGAUGUGUAUUACGUGAAUGGCACUGAAGUAGAGCGUAAAGUUGUAGAGGAAGCUGAAGAUCCAAUAAUAGAAUGUCAUGAAUAUGAAAAUGACGUAUCUUCUUCAAGAACAGCUGGGUCUUCUCUGACUUCUGGAGAUCUUGCAGAUAUUAGUUCAUUUUCCUCCAAAGCUUCAAGCCUUCAGCGAACAUCUAGUGGGGCAAGCAGUGGACUUUCUGCCGCUCAGAGCAUUAGUGGCAGCAGCACAGAAAAGGGGAAAGUAUAUGCAACCCAAAGAGGAAAAAGUGGCCUUCUGGAGUCAGGAGAGUUUGCUGUUCCAAGUGGUCGUGGGACUUUUGGAAAACUUAGUCCUAGGAAAGUGGCCAGCCAGCCAGUAUCUCCACAUCGCUCAGGAGGACAAAUUGGAGUUCAAGGGAGUGAAGAUGAUGCAGAUAUAUCACCUGGUAACAGAUCAAAAGCAACACUUACACCCCGUGGGAGAGGGAGGAGAGGGCGGCCUCCAGCACGAGGAGCUGGGACAAGAGACAAUACUGCAAAUACAAAUAUGGAGGAUCCGGCUGAUGCCACUUCAGAUGAGGAACGAUUUACACGCCUUAAUGUUUAUCAUCCAGGAGCUGAAAGAUCUGAGCCAGGGACACCCACCGUUCGUAGAAGUGAUUCUCCUGAAAUCCCUUUUCGGGCAGCUGCAAAGAAUGAGAGUUCCGAUUCCUCAGGCAGCAGUUUUGUGGGACUCCGAGUUGUGGCCAAGUGGUCCUCCAAUGGCUAUUUCUAUUCUGGCAAAAUUACUCAAGAUGCUGGUGGAGGAAAAUACAAACUGUUGUUUGAUGAUGGAUAUGAGUGUGAUGUACUGGGAAAAGACAUUUUACUCUGUGACCCUAUCCCUCUGGACUCAGAGGUAACAGCCCUCUCCGAUGAUGAAUAUUUUAGUGCAUUCCUUGGGUCCCUGUCUGGAAAGAGGAAACUCAUCAGCUCAGAUGAAGAUAAGUCUCCAGCAAAACGUGGCCGCAAAUCAGUUUUAGCCAAAGCUGGUGCUGCUAAAGGAGGUGACUUUAUGAGCCCGAGUGAAAGUGGAGAUAAUGACGGGGACCAAGUAAUGGUAGAAGAGACUCACGGCCCUUUACCCCAAAGCAAAAGUAUCUUUAUGGGUUAUGCCUUUCUUAUAACAAGUGCAACAUCAAGUGAUAAGCAAAACAAUCGCCAGAAAUCACAAGCAUUCCCCUGUAUAAGCAGUGAGGAAGAGGAAGAAUAUAUAGAGAACAUGCCUUAUGAUAGGAAGUACACAGAGAAGCAACUGCAGGCAGGAGGCGGGUACAUUUUGGAAGAUUUCAAUGAAGCACAGUGUAAAGCAGCCUACCAGUGUAUCCUGAUUGCAGACCAGCACUGCCGAACUCGCAAGUAUUUCCUGUGCCUCGCUAGUGGAAUUCCUUGUGUGUCUCAUGUCUGGGUCCAUGACAGUUGCCAUGCUAACGAACUUCAAAAUUUCAGAAACUAUCUCCUUCCUGCUGGAUACAGCCUUCAGGAGGAGAGAAUUUUAGAAUGGCAUGAGUCCCGGCAUCCUUUCCAAGGAAUGAGGUUUCUUGUGGUGUCUGACCAAAAAGAGAACUUUCUGGAAACGUGGACAGAGAUCCUAAUGAUUGGAGGAGCAGCAUCAGCCAAGCAACACAACUCUACAGAACUCAGUAAAGAUGUUGCACUGGGAAUUCAUGAUAUUGUAGUGACCGAUUGCUCAUGCCCAGAAUCAAUGUUAAAAUGCAUCCAAGCUUUGGACCUUCCAGUGGUUUCUCAAGAAUGGGUUAUCCAGUGCCUGAUCUCCGGGAAACAACUGAAACACAAUGCACACCCCAAAUACAAAUAUGAUCAUGUGUCAGACUAAGCCGUCCACUUUUCCUUUUUCUCCCCCUCCAUCCUUUCUGCUGCUCCUUGCAUUGUGCACAUCAUGUUUUAUUGAGGUUUUAGAUCGUUUUAAUGUUUUGUGUUUAAUCUAUGUGCAUGUAACUUACUGUACAGAAUUUUACCUGCUGGACUUUUAUGAGAAAAUAAACGCUAAAUGUUUGCUUUA